AUUCUGAACGUUUGCGUUACUUUAAGGUGACGUUAGUGACUGUCUAGUAUUUUAUACUCGCUAUGGAAAAUCAGAUGGAUAGAAACCUGGAGUUUUAUGCAGAAGAAGUCAGGAAAAGGCAAGAUUUGGAGAAAGAAAAGGAGGGAGAAAAACAAUUCCUUCGUACCUCACUACGUGGGUCUAGUCGUUUGCGAGCUAUUGAACAAUACAGGAGAAUCAUUAGAAGAGAUGAAUCCAAGAAGGCUGAAGUAAAUCAAGCAUUUGAAGAUGAUUCAAAGGUUGAAAGCAACACAGAACUCAUGGAACUUUUGUGCUAUCUACGGACGAAGAUGCCAGUUCUAAGAGAUGAGAAUGAGAAUAAAUUUCAAUCAUCAGACGUCACACUCCCAACAAACGAAGCUACUUUGGAUUCCGAAACAGAACAAUGGGAGUGGCUUUUAAACGUUCUAUCCGAUCCAAGUUUAUCAAAAGCAUUUCUUAUGCAUGACAAAGUUGCGAAAGCAUAUGAGACUUGUAAAAGUGUUAUGCAUCCUAAACCGAGAUAUCGUUGGCCUGUUUUAGCUGGAUUGGCAUACGACACGAUGGAAGCUGUUAAAGAACAGUUAUUAACUGCAUUGAAGAAUCCGGGUCAAUUUGAUGCGUUUACUUUAAAUUGUAUUUCCGCAAUACUUAAUUUAUGCUCAUCCCCUUUAUUUCAGAACUUAUUAAUUGCUAUGGAUGGAUUAGCAAAUACAUGGCUUUUUGAUGCUGAUGAAGAUUUUGUUGCAUCUGAAAGUUUUGACAUGUCAGAGGAUAUCGAUAGAAACUCUAUUUCUAGUUCAUAUAUUCAAAAAUCUUCUGUCCCAGGUUGUUACGCUACACUUGCAUACGAUGAUCAAGGUCGUGACUCCUAUUCAGAACAUGGAGUUAGAUUAAAAUAUGUUAUUCUUCAAAAAACUGGUAAUGAAUUUUUGGGAGCUACAGUUCGUUUGGAAAGAAAUUCAAUUCUAAUUGCUCGGAUUGUUAAUGGGGGUUUAGCUUGUAAGACAAAUCUUCUUCACGAAGGUGAUGAACUGUUAUCUGUCAAUGGAAUUGAACUAAUGGGGAAAGAUUUGAAUACAGUAUGUGAUAUUAUGGCUUCACUACAUGGGAGAAUUAUUCUUCUUGUUGCACCGGCACUUGAUCCAUAUUCAUCAAUAUCGACUAAAGGAAUUAUACAUCUACGUGCAUUAUUUACUUAUGAACCCACUGACGACCGUUAUAUAGCAUGUAAAGAAUUGGGUUUAGGAUUUACCAAAGGAGACAUUAUACACGUUACAGGCAGGAAAGAUCCAAAUUGGUGGCAAGCUUAUCGGAGUGAUGAAGAACGUGGUUUGUCUGGUGCAAUAGGAACAUUAGCUGGUCUCAUACCUAGUCCAAUUUAUCAACGUAAUCGUGCUAUAUUACGCUUAAAAUAUUGGUUAACUAGUGGAACUGAAGACAUUGAAUUGGAAGAAGAUUCAACAGACUCUGAUUCAACUGGAUCAACUGUUAAUAAAGCAGAAAAGCCUACAAAUAAGUCGAAAGAGAAGAGGUUUUUGGGAAUAAAAUUUCCAACACUUAAAAAUGCACACUUUGGUAGUAGAUCUAUCUCACCAUCAAGUCGAGAUACUAAUCAAACUGAUUCAAAAAGUGAACUGACAUCUGUGAAUACAAGUGAAGGUGAUUUAACGGAUGGAGUUGUAUCUACACCAGAAGAUGAUUCACGUUGUGUAAUGAAUAGUACUGUGUUAAGUUCAGCUUAUGGCGAUCGUAUGUCUGGUUUAACAAAACCUACUGAUCUUUCCUCAGUUAAUGCAAUCAAUGAAUGGUCAGCUGCUGGACCAGUAUGGGGUCAACAUGGUUAUGAUCUUCGAACUCUACGUGCACGUCGUAAACGAAAUAGACGGAAACUCUCUUCAACAAAUAGAUCGUCUCCAUGUCUAGAAGGUUUAAGAUCCUGGAAAAAAGAUAAAAACCAUGGCGAGUAUUAUCCAUCUCUUGUUCCUGGUAAGUGUUUUGUUAGUAAGUUGGUAAGUAUUUUGUUCAAAUUUGAUCUAAAAUUAAAUAUUUAAUUGUAUUUUAAUUAAUAACUCUUGAGUUAUGUAGAUAAAUUCUGGAAUUUUAAAUGUCACAACGUUUGUGCAUUUUGUCACAUGAUUUCUUACUAAUUUCGAAAUUUAUCCUGACAACUACCAGAAAUAUGGAGUUAUCUUUUUUAACCGUAUGAGUAGAUCUUUAGUUAUUUACAUAAUUACAACUUGAAGUGAUUUUCACUUUUGUGAGAUGUAUUUAUGCCUUCUUGUUAUUUACAUGAGUUAAUCCUUUAUCGGUUUCAUUGUCACUUCAAUGUUAUCACCACUACUUGUACUGUAGCAAACAAAAACUCAGGUGGGAAAAACCGAUUUAUUGUUUAAUGCAAAAUCACACAGUGGUUUAGUAAAAUAUGAAAAUCAUGCAUUAAAUACAUCAUUUGCAUAUCUUUGCGUUAUCCUUUACAUACUCUAUUAUUCCUGUAACUCUGUUGUUAUUUUGAUUGUUCUUCGACUUCUUUUUUGUUCUCUUCAUUUCAAUGUUCUUCUGCUAGGCAUUCUACUUUCGACUGAUGUUACAUACUAUUUAUAUCUCAAUAUAAGUAACAUACACCACCAUACCAUAGUAUUUUAAUUUUUACUCCUUAUCUGUUUGGUUAGAUUGUCCACAUUUACUUAAAUGCCCAAAUGAAUAGUCAUUUAUUGAUUAUUAUUGGCUAGAAUGAUUAUGUGGAAACGUUUGUACAGUUAAAAAGCAAUUUUAAUUACACACUAACUUCAGCUAGAUAAUUAUUGAAAAAUCUAUUAAACAGUGAGCAGUUUUUGUAUCCUGGAUUAAGGUCCUUUUAGAGCAAUACACACCCUACAUCUCACAUGGGAUUAAAUCUAAGAUCUUUUAGUUUUAUGGUAAAUAAUCUUAUGACAAAAUCCAAUGAUCCACACUUUAUGAAUUAAAUCAAUUUACGACCGUCGGUCAGUCAUAAACAACAUAGAGCCUGGCACAAAUGUGUGUUGGUCCAAGUUGCCAUACCAUAUUAGCACAACGAGAUUGCAUUAACAAAAUAAAUAAGAAGAGUAUCGAGAUAAUACAUAUCAAUGAUAAUUGGAAAGAUCAGAGUUUGAGAAUACGUUUUGAGAAGACAGAAUGAAAGGAUAUGCAUGAAGGAAUACUGAAACUUACAAUCUACAGUAAAAUAAGAAGUAGAUACAUCUUCAUCUGUAAUCGAUUCUGAACCUUGUCACCUAACGUCUUCAACUACUGAUCACUGUCAUCAUGUUGACAGCAUAAUCUUAAUUCAGCUUCAUUGGUAUGUUACAGUUUCAAUCCCGUAUGAUACCCAGCUAUAUACUGUUGGAAAGUUUAAAAGAUACAAUAAAACAACUAUUCAAUUCUCUCUAAGUUCUAAUUAUCUUGAAGCCUUUAUCGGUCCAAUUACAGUCAGAUAGAUUAAUUAAUAAAAUGCUUUUUCAUAGCUCUCAAGAAUUUUUUUCAAUGCUAAUCUUUGCUGCGGCACUUUUUCUAUCUACUAUAUUAUGUUUUAGUAACAAACAUACAUCUAGUGGAUUAAAUAGUUGUCUAAAGCUUAUAUGCGUGUAAUAUAUCGAUUGGCUUUUCAGAUGAUACUAAAAAGGCACCUAUCUUUAACUAGUUAUACAUUGAUCAAUAAAGAUAUAUGCAAAUUAUUGUAGUAACUUGUGUCCAUUUAUUUAUGUAUGCAUAUGAGUUAGCUUUUGAUUGCUUGUGAUAUUCUUUAGUAGUCAUUGUUUAGUAACUAUAUUCAACAAAUAAUUUUCUUAAUGUUUUUUUGUUUGUUUGUAUUUACUAUACUGACUAUUUGUACGUUGGUGUACAGUUUGUUAUGAGUAAUUUACUUUCUGAAAUUUGUACUUCUAACGUGUAAUACAUUAAAUGGAAUAAGAGACUAAAGUGAUAACUUGGAGUUGAUAAUAAGGACAAAAAAAAAUCACUCUGAUUUAUAAACAAGCAAUCAAAUGAUUUUAGACAUGGACUGAUAGUAAUUAGAAAACCGCUUAGGAAAAACGUGUUUUCACGAUAAUUUUGCUUACUGCAAGAUUUGUAGAUUCUUGUUCUAAUCUCUGGCAUGAUCGUGAGUAUAAAUUAUUAAGGAGUGCAACACUUAUAUGAAAAAGUUAUUUAGUGCCUUCUGGUUCGAAAAAUAGCUUAUCAGUUGAUGCCAGUCUAGAACUUAAACCAACUUCAAAUCAAGUCAUUUUUUAAAUGUUAAUUAGUCAAGUAUUUGUAUAAACAUUACGGUGUGACAAAUAUCGUGUAAUUACAAACAAUAAAGGGAAAUUUUUAUAUUUCUUAUUUACUUUAACUGAUAUUGAUUAAGACUUCACGUAACCUCUUGGAAAUGUAACUAAAAUUUUUUUUCUGUAAGCUGUAUGACACUCAUCCAUUUAUAUGGGCUGAGCUCUUUUGUAACUCUACAAAUUGCCUACUAAAGAUGGCAUUAACUACCCUGUCAAUCUCUAGAAAGCUGAUUUCGUUAACGACUGACAUUUUUUGGGUAAUUUUGUGGUAUACAGAAAAUUAAAAACAUGGAUAUAUUUGAAAAUAGGUAUCUUAUCUUGGAAGUCAACAAAAAUCAAAAUAAAUGUCAGUGAGUUAUAGGAUCAAAUAGGGGAAGAAAUCCAUUCAGACAUUGAAUGAAAAAUUUCUCUUUUAUAAUAUCAUUUACUCAAGCUAUACAGCUGUAUUCAUAUUAAGUUAAAAAGUAUUGUAAUCUAUAAAAAGAAGGAUAACGUAAAAGCUGUCCGGAAAUUUCAUAUGUCAAAAGAGAAGUACCCAAUGAUCGAGAAGUUAAAAAAGAAAAAAAAAGAAAAUAAAUAUGUGGAAGAUAUUUUUCUGCUUUACAAUUAUAAAAUUGGAAUUAUCUAAGUGAUAAUGGCAACUAACUGAAAGCUAACAAAAAAUCAUUAGAAUUUGUUAUAUCCGAACAAAGAAUAAGUGAAUGUUAACUGCUAGGAUCUAUUUAUGAACUGUUAUUGUGUAUAUAUGUAUUCUUAUUGUAUAAUUAUUAAAUACCUAUAUUAUAAGUAUAUUCAUAUUCAUUUCAUUAUAAGUUUCUAUUUGACUUCUUAGCUAAUACUAUACGACUUACUAUUCUUGAGUUAUUCCCACACUCACACUCACAGCCACUUUUGGCUUGAAUUUGUAUAAUUUUCAUUUCCUAUUUUAUAGUAUGAUGCGGUCUGAUUUACUUACUUACUUUCGCC